AUGGAGGCGAUGACUGAGGAAAAGAUUCUCUCUUUCUUCCAGGGCUGCAUCCCCAAUGACUUCAGCUCCAGAACCCAGACUCAGGCCGACCGCAUCCUUCGCCUGUUUGCCAAGGUCCGGGAGGAGCUGCUGCAGGAGCUGCAGAAGAUCGAGGGGGCGGAGUUCAAACUGGACACCUGGAAGCGUGCGGAAGGUGGUGGAGGUGUAAUGUCCGCAAUCUCCGAGGGAGAAGUGUUGUCAAAAGCAAACGUGGAUAUUUCCAUAGUAACCGGGAAGGUCCCUAAAGCUGCCGUCAAACAUCUGCAUCAAGCCGCCAAGAUUACCACCAGCCUGGAUGAAAGUCACUUCAACCUGCGUGUGGUAGUGAUGAAACUCAAUGAUGGUGCUGAGGUGGGCUGGUAUGGCGGUGUGAUGGACAUCAAUCCUUCCUAUCUGGUGCCAGAGGACGCAACCCAUUUCCACAAGACUCUGAAAGAUAUGUGUGACAAACACGAUGCCAGCUACUACCCACGCUUCAAGAAGUGGUGUGACGAGUACUUCGUCAUCCCACAUCGAGGAGAACAUCGCGGACUCGGCGGAAUCUUCUUUGAUAAUCUGAUGUCUCAGGAAGAGGGAAACUUCAGCUUCCUGGAAUCCUGUACGAAGACCAUCAUCCCAGCCUACCUUCCCAUUCUAAAGGCCCACAUGUGUGAUACCUACAGUGACCAGGAGAUGGCAUGGAAGCAACUUCGAAACGGCAGGUACACCGAGUUCAAUCUGAUGCAUGACAAAGGCAUGAAGUUUGGUCUCCAGCUCUCAGGAUUCCGGAAGGAGACCCUCUUUGCCUCAUUGCCUCUUACAGCCAUGUGGGGCUACAAGUUGGACCCUGAGCCAGGUAGCAGAGAGGAUGAGCUGGUGCAGGUGCUGCGCUGUCCUCGGGAGUGGGCCUGA